CCAAACCAUACAGUUAAGCCGUGUUCAGGCAAGGAACCGAGCAUUUUCACAAUGGCGAGAUAGUGGGGAAAAUGGGAAUACAUCUCAGGGCUAAAAGGAUAACGUAAAUUUCCCAGAGAAUUACCGUGACGCGAUAGUGCUGGAAUGUUAAAGGAUCGUAGUAGCCAGAACUGGAGGACGGCUUAGGUGGAGGGUGUGUGGACACUGCAGUCUUGCGAGAACGUUAGCAAGCUACUGAGGAUUGAGAGAACUCAGCAUCACCAGGACCAACAGUGGCCGAGGAAAGGCUUUCUUAUCAUGAGAGAGUGUGAGCCCAGUUUUCUGGAAGGUCCUACCAAGUAGCUGCUUGAUUUAUCGUCAAAACAGACCUUUCCCGCAAGAAGAAGAAGGACAACUUGGUUUAGUUCAGUGGAAUGGCAGGGAGAAGUCGAAGAGCAUGGUUCAGUGUUCUUUUGGGACUGGUUGUCGGAUUCACUCUGGCUUCCAGACUUAUUUUGCCAAGGGCCACAGAGUUGAAGAAAGCUGGACAGAAACGAAAAGCCAGCACCGGUGGCUGUGGGAUACAGAGAGGACUGAGAAAAGAAUACGGUGGACUGGGCUGGCCACCCCAAGAUAACGGUGCAUUGGCAACCGAGAAGUCAGUCCUACGGUCUAACAAUUUUCUUUUUGUAGGUGUCAUGACUGCCCAGAAGUACCUGAACAGCCGUGUUGUAGCGGCACAUAGAACAUGGGCGCGCACCAUCCCGGGCCGCGUGGAGUACUUCUCCAGCGAGGGCUCGGACACUAGCCUCCCUUUGCCCAUCGUGGCCCUGAAGAACGUGGACGACUCCUACCCGCCGCAGAAGAAGUCCUUCAUGAUGCUCAAGUACAUGCACGACCACUACCUGGACCAGUACGAGUGGUUCAUGCGGGCGGACGACGACGUGUACAUUAAGAGCGAGCGCCUGGAGAGCUUCCUGCGCAGCCUGAACAGCAGCGAGGCCAUCUUCCUGGGCCAGACGGGCAUGGGCGCCCGCGACGAGCUGGGCAAGCUGGCGCUGGAGCCCGGUGAGAACUUCUGCAUGGGCGGGCCCGGCGUCAUCAUGAGCCGCGAGGUGCUGCGCCGGAUGGUGCCCCACAUCCGCCAGUGCCUGCAGGAGAUGUACACCACGCACGAGGACGUGGAGGUGGGCCGAUGCGUCCACCGCUUCGCCGGGGUGCAGUGCGCCUGGUCCUACGAGAUGCAGCAGCUGUUCUACGAGAACUACGAGCCUAACAAAAAGGGCUACAUCCGCGACCUGCACAACAGCAAGAUCCACAAGGCCAUCACGCUGCACCCCAAUAAGAACCCUCCCUACCAGUACCGGCUGCACAGCUACAUGCUGAGCCGCAAGAUCGCCGAGCUGCGCCACCGCACCGUGCAGCUGCACCGCGAGAUCGUCCAGAUGAGCCGGCUGACCAACGGCGAGGUCCGCAAGGAGGACGUGCAGCUGGGCAUGGCGCCCUCCUUCAUGCGCUUCCACCCGCGCCAGCGCGAGGACGUGCUGGAGUGGGAGUUCCUGACGGGCAAGUACAUCUUCACCUCGGCCGACGGCCAGCCGCCACGCCGCGGCAUGGACGCCUCGCAGAAGCUGGCUCUCGACGACAUCGUCAUGCAGGUGAUGGAGAUGAUCAACGCCAACGCCAAGACGCGCGGCCGCGUGAUCGACUUCAAGGAGAUCCAGUACGGCUACCGGCGCGUCAACCCCAUGUAUGGCGCCGAGUACGUCCUGGACCUGCUGCUGCUCUACAAGAAGCACAAGGGCAAGAGCAUGACGGUGCCGGUGCGGCGCCACGCCUACCUGCAGCAAACCUUCAGCAAGAUCCAGUUCCGCGAGGAGGACGAGGAGAUGGACGCCAAGGACCUGGCCAACCGGAUCAACCGCGAGUCCGACUCGCUCUCCUUCCUCUCCAACUCGCUCAAGAUGCUGGUGCCCUUCAAACUGGGCGGCUCGGGCUCGGAGAGUCGCGAGCCCAAGGAGGAGCGUAUCAACAUCCUGGUGCCGCUGUCGGGCCGCUACGAGAUCUUCGUGCGUUUCAUGGCCAACUUUGAGAGGGUGUGCCUCAUCCCCAACCAGAACGUCAAGCUGCUCGUCCUGCUCUUCACCACGGAUAACAUCACGGAGCGCGUGCGGCAGGUGGAGCUGAUGCGCGAGUACCAUGUGCGGUACCCGCGCUCCGACCUGGAGAUCAAGCCCGUGACGGGGCCCUUCUCGCGCGCGCUGGCCCUGGAGGUGGGCUCGGCCCACUUCACCAACGACUCGCUGCUUUUCUACUGCGACGUGGACCUGCUCUUCACCGCCGACUACCUGAAGCGUUGCCGCGACAACACGGCGCUGGGCCAGCAGACCUACUUCCCCAUCAUCUUCAGCCAGUACGACCCCAAGGUGGUCUACGCCGGCAAGGUGCCCAGCGACAACCACUACGUCUUCACGGCCAAGACGGGCCUGUGGCGACACUACGGCUACGGCAUCGUGUGCGUGCACAAGGGCGACCUCCUGAGGGCGGGAGGCUUCGACGUCUCCAUACAGGGCUGGGGCCUGGAGGACGUGGACCUCUUUAACAAGUUUGUGCAGUCGGGGCUCAAGCAGUUCCGCAGCGUGGACACGGGCAUCGUGCACGUGCACCACCCCGUCAUAUGCGACCCCAACCUGGAGCCCAAGCAGUACAAGAUGUGCCUGGGCUCCAAGGCCUCGUCGCACGCCUCCACACAGCAGCUGGCUGAACUGUGGUUUGAGAAGAACGAUCACGGCUUCCGCAAGCUGCCAGACAAUGGCUCCUCCAGGACAGAGUGAUCUGGCCGCGGGACUAGAGAAGGGCCUGAUCCGUUCAUUCCUCCAAAAUGGUGUUUCUUUCUUUUAAGAAAAAAAAACAAAAAAUAAAAAAAACUACCUAAUUUAUUUUUACAGAAGAGACUUAAACGUGGAUAUAUUUUGGAAAUCGCUGAAAAAGAAAAUAAACACACACACACCGACAUUCACAAACUUGAGCACAUCAUCAAAAGAAAAAACAAAAAAGACUUUUUUUUUUAACGAUGCUGAACAAUUUUUGUAACAAUGCUGAAAAAACAUUGAAAAAGAAGACUGUCGAUGUAAGUGGGACUUACAACAAACGCAUUAAAAGUGGUUUGUUUUUUUAUUGAUCAAUGAAAAUCAGUUCAGACAGCAAAAUGGGUUGUUUGACACUGAUAUCAAAGUCUGAUUUUUUUAAAACACGUGAGAGAUGACCUUUAGGCGUUAAUCCUAGAAGGGCUGUUGAUUUUGAGCCGUGGUAUUGGGUUUUAAUGUAUUUUUCAUUUGUGAAUGUUUACAGAGAGAUACAUGAACAAAUAGUCUAAUUUUAGGGGAGGGGGGGACAAAUCACAACGUUUAACUUUAUCAUUAAGGGUCUAUUUGUUUUUAUAUGGUUUUGGAAAAAUUGGAAAUAACACUGUUUUUUUCAUGGACUUAGAUUCUGUUUUACUAUUUUACUUUUGUGAACAAAACUGCUGGAUUUUACUAUCUUGGAUUCCUUUUUUUGUUUUCUCUGUCUAAUUUAUUUUAAUAUGCAGUCUUGUUUUACAGUACUUGACCGAGAAUAUGUAUAUUAGAAAGAUUGUAUUACCAUCUCAGUCAUGGCUAGCUUUUUUGUCUCUCUCAAAUUAAUUUGAUUUACCAAAGACCUUUUGCACAGUUGCUGUAGAUGUGGUUAUACGAGUGAGUGUGUGCCUGUGCUACCAUUUGUCUGUCUGUCUGUUUGUGUCGUUUGUCUGUGUUGUAUGUGAGUCUGAUUGUGGGUACGCUAUUCUAUGGAUGGGGGCGGGGGGUGUCUCUGCGUGUGUCUCUGUGUGUGUGUGUGUAUGUGUGUGUGUGUGCGCGUGUGUGUGUGCGCGUGUGUGUGUGCGUGUGUGCGUGCGAGCUGAGGAGCAGGUGUGAUUAACUUGUACUGUACGAGGAGUGUGAAGUGGCAAUGCCUCAUGGUCCUCUCAGAAUGGCUGUACAUACAAACUCCUCAUUCUGAUUCUGAGGUCUGAUUGCUUUUAUGAAGCCGAUGAUUUUUUAAAAAAACAAAUUGUAUUUCCAUGUAUUCCAUUUUACUUAGUUUUUUUUCAAAGAAAUCAGUUUGUUUUUGUUUCUGCUGGUUUGUAUGUCCACUCUGCCACAGUUUUCCUUUUCGAAAAAUGGUGGGGGUACGACUGUGUGUAUGUACUGUGUGUAUAUGUGUGUGGACCAGCCAUCUUCUGUAGUCCUGGCCCCAGCUGCUCCAGCCUGCUCUUCAGUGCUAGUCUCCUCCAUCCAUCCAUCCAUCCACGCACCCUGCUCCUCCCUGCACCUCCCUGCACCUCCCUUUGCCUCCCCACUCUACCUCCCUGUGGGGGGAAGAAAAUGUGGCUGGCUCCCCCAACCGUUACGUUCGUUUGGUCUUUGGAUUUAGUUGCUCUCUUGAUCUCAUCUCUGUCUGUCUUUUUCUGUGGGGAUUUGUUUGUUUUUUGUUUGUUUCUUUUUUUGUAUUUUUAUUUUGAUCUUUAUGAACCCUGUUCUU